CAUUUUAUUUUGUUACUACUACAAUUGAAGUCUUGCUAGGCGUGUGGCUGAGCGAAAAUUCAGAUUUUUACAUUGACAACAGCAGAAAAUAUUAAAAUAAAUAUAGCGUUUGAGCUUAAAACCGAGUCUUCUCUCUUUGUGCAUUGGUCUUCAAUAAGUUUUCGUUGCGUUGUUAUGGUUUGCGAUUGAUCUGCACGUAAGCUGAAGCUGGAGUUUGGCUAGUCAAAUGAAGAUAAUCAUAUUGUUAAGAGGCUAAACCAGAGGCUUUUUAACAGGAGCAGAUAUAUACAUAAUCCCCGAAAGCUAUUACAAAUAAAAUUGAUAACCAAAAAAGAGUAAUAUAAUUUAUCAGAGUGUUGAGUCGCUAUGAGUGUCAUAAUUCGUUUGCAAAAUUUGCCGUGGACGGCAAAUGCUCGAGAUAUACGUAAUUUCUUCACGGGCCUGGCGAUACCGGAGGGUGGUGUGCACAUAAUUGGCGGCGAAAUGGGCGACGCUUUCAUCGCUUUCAGCACCGACGAGGACGCACGUGUCGCCAUGUUGAAGGAUCGUGAGAAGCUAAUGGAGGUACAGGUGCGCUUGUUGCUCUCCUCACGCGCCGAAAUGCAAAAGGUCAUCGAGACGGCGCGCCAUGUAAGCGUGCCAAAGCCUGUAGCUGUUCCAGCGCCUGCGCAAGUGCCACUGCCUGUGCCCAUGCCAUCAGUAGUGAUGCCAUCUGCGCCGCAAGCGCCCAUUAUAAGCGGUCUAAAUAGUUUUCUUGGUGCGCAGCUGCAGCCGCCGCAGGCAAUGCCAAUAUCUUUGCCAGGUGCAACAGCUGUACCUUCCUUUUUGGCCUAUCAGCAACAGGCGGGCAUCUCGCUUAGCGAUGCAGCUCACAAGUCUCAUGACAGACGCUCGCCCAAAGCUCGCCAACGUCAUAGUCGCAGUCGUAGUCGCAGCAGUAGCAGCAGCAGCGAUGACAGCGAUCGUGAGCGCAGUCGUGGUCGCAAGCGUCGCCCUGACCUACGUGUCGACAGCAGUGAGCGUGACUCCAAGUUGGUCGCCAAGGCAGCAGCUAAUAUUAUGCCUUGGGCGAAUUCAGCUGCAAUUAAUCUGCCUGGCUUGGCGGCCGUGUUGCCGUCCGUGCUGCCGCCCGUGCUGCAGAGCUACAGCACGACCAACAACAACAACACUAGCACCACCAACAACUAUAAUCUGAAUGUCUCAGCUGCAGCAGCACCACAGCCUAUUAUCCCAGCUCUCAGCUCGCCAACUGUUGCAGCUGCUGGCGCUACUAGCCAAGAGCCUAUAGCCUUUGCCAGCGUUAAUCCCUAUGCGCAAAUGUAUCCGCAGCUCUUCCAGCAGCAGCAGCACUUGCUGUUGCAGCAACAGGUGCCCAAAACAGCUGCCAACAGCUCGCCCAUUAGUUCGGGCAACAAUAAUGCCCCACUGGGCAGUUCUGCGGGCUCUAUACCUGUGGCAGAGACUUGCUACAUCAAGAUUACCGGCAUGUGCCCCAGCACUUCGUAUAGCGAUCUGCGUAAAUACUUUGCCGGUCUUUAUAUACCACACAAUGGCAUCAAGAUCAUGAGUGGGUCCAAUGGCUCGCGCUCCGGUGUGGCCUAUGUUGAGUUCUCACGCGUGGCCAGCGCACAAAAAGCUGUGGCGCGUAAUAACACCAUGAUCCGUGAUCGUCUGGUGCAGAUUGAGCCCGUGGAUGACGAGGAGUUCGAGCGGGCCGAAGAGCGUUCCCAGCGCGGCGGCAACAGCAGCAGCAAUAGCAAUCACAAUGCUGCUCGCAUGGAAGAACCAGAAUUGGUUGCCUCACAUGCAAUGCAUACGAAUGUGCUCUAUGUGGAGGAUCUGCCGCAGCUGACUACCGAGCAGGAUAUUAUGAAAAUGUUCUCCGCCAGCUACACCGUCUUGGACAUACUGCUGUCGCCCAGUCCGAACAAUCGUCGCGAAUUUGUUGCCUUUGUGCUGUUCGCACGCGAUACUGAGGCGCGUGCUGCAUUGGAGGAUGCUGGUAAGCACUACAUUGGCUUUCGUAAGCUGCGCGUGCGCGCCAGCAGCCAGGGUGAGAUGCUGAGUGCCAAGGAGAAGCAGCGUCGUGCCAGCGAGCAGCUGCAAAAGGAGGAGCAACUGCAGCGCGAGGAUGCCGAGCGCGAGCAGCAGCAACAACAACAGAAACAGCUGCUGCAGCAACAAAUAGCUCAACAGUUGCAACAACAAUUGCAGCAGCAGCAGCUGCUCAAGCAACAGGAGUUACUAGCUUUAGCUCAAGAAUUAGAUCCGCGACGUCAAAUGCAACAGCAGCAGCAACAGCAGCAACAACAACAACAGCAGCAACAACAACAACAGCAGCAACAACAACAACAGCAUCAGCUUGCCAAUAAUGGCAACAACAUCAACAAUGUGUAUCCCUUUGGCAUACCGCCUGUCCACAACGGCAACAUGCCCUUCGCCUUUCAGCAACAGCAGCUCAACAAUGUCAACAACAAUAGUCCCAGCAAUAACAACAACAACAUGCCCUUCGAUAUGCCUCCACGCCGCCAGGAGAAUGUCUUUGUGCGCGUGCACAAUCUCGAAUAUGCCACACGCAUCAAUGAUCUUGGCGAGCUUUUCACGUCAGAAAAUCUGCGCAUUGAGCACAUCGAGAUGCUGUACAAUGAGCGCAAUCAGAGCGCCGGUGAGUUUAUUGUGGAGUUUAGUGAUCCCAUGGAUGUGCAGCUGGCCAUACGUGAGUUUCAUAAUCGUCGCUUUCGUGGACGUGGACUGCGCAUACAGUCCGUAACGCCCCAGGAGAUAGCCGAUCGCAUGAAUAAGCCUUUCAUGGACUAUAUACCAGGUGGCAAUGGACGCCGCUCAGAAGAUAAGCCAGCGCCAGCCAUGCAACAGCAACAACAACCGAUGCCGCCGCAGCCAACACAGCAGGCGUCGCGUCGUCGUGGCCCCAGUCGCUUUGAUAGCUCCAGCAACCAAACAAAACAGCCGGCGCCGUCGAUUGAUAGCGAUGAUAGCAGCAGUUCCAAGCAGCACUUUAAUCCCUUUGCGCGUCCUGCAGGCGACAUCAAAAGCCCGCCCAUGCUCAGUAAUAAUAACAGCAAGACCAAUAGUAAGCCAACUAUUGAGGAAACUGCUGCUGAUGAUGAUGGCAUACCCGGCAAGUUCACAGAGCCCGGCUGUGUAGUGGCCAUGCGCAAUGUGCCCUUCAAGGCGGACCUCAAGGAUAUAUUGCGCUUCUUUAGCGACUAUAAGCUCAGUCCCGAUGACAUUUUGCGCCGUUUCAAUGACGAGGGUAAGCCCACGGGCGAUGCACGCGUUGCCUUUGAAACUCCAGCACAGGCACGUUCUGCUUAUGAAUCUCGACGACGCAAGCAAAUCUUCAAUAGAACCAUCUAUCUGGACGUGCUUUAAGUCUGUCGGUAAACAAAUUCUAAUUGUAAAUAUUUUUACCAGUAAUGAAUACAAUGCGCUUCGUUUAAUUAAGUUGAAA